AUUGCUGCUUUGAAUGACGCGACCCAAUGGGAAUCAUUCGUGGGCGGGGUUUGACUGUUUACUGUCUCAUUGACCGUUUGACGGCGGGUAUGAUGACAAGAUGGAGUUCUUGCUGGGAAAUCCGUACAGUACUCCAGUGGGACAGUGCAUUGAAAGGGCCACAGAUGGAUCCCUACAAAGUGAAGACUGGGCUUUGAAUAUGGAGAUAUGUGACAUAAUCAAUGAAACAGAAGAUGGGCCUAAAGAUGCUAUAAGAGCUGUGAAGAAGAGGCUAAAUGGAAAUAAGAACUAUAGGGAAGUGAUGCUUACACUGACGGUUCUUGAGACGGGUGUAAAGAACUGUGGAUAUCGUUUCCACGCACUUGUCACCACCCGGGACUUCAUCGAUGGGGUUCUGGUGAAAAUCAUAUCUCCUAAAAACAAUCCACCCGCCAUAGUGCAGGACAAAGUGCUAGCUCUGAUACAGGCUUGGGCAGAUGCAUUCAGAAGUAGUCCAGAUUUGACCGGAGUGGUCCACGUCUAUGAGGAAAUGAAGAGGAAGGGUAUAGAGUUUCCUCGAUCUGAAUUGGAGACCUUGUCCCCUAUCCAUACACCACAACGGCAACAAAGUGCUCCGGAACUAGAGCAGCCAAAAUUCACCGCCCCUCCCCAGCCCAAACCACAGCCCCAACCUGGCUCUGCUCCUCCCUUCCCGGCGGCACCUGUCGCCCACACUUCUCCACAGUUGCCCAAUCUUCAAAUUUCUGCAUCAAUCAAUCCUUCCCCUGAACAGAUUUGCAAGCUGCGCAGUGAACUCGACGUUGUGCGUGGGAACACUAAGGUGAUGUCGGAGAUGUUAACAGAGAUGGUUCCAGGUCAAGAAGAUCCAUCUGAUCAUGAACUUCUGCAGGAGUUGAACAGGACAUGCAGGGCCAUGCAGCAAAGGAUAGUUGAGCUCAUCUCUCGUGUGUCCAACGAAGAAGUCACGGAAGAGCUCCUGCACGUCAAUGAUGACCUCAACAACAUCUUCUUAAGAUAUGAGAGAUACGAGAGGUUCCGAACUGGCCGAACAGCUCAAGGCGUUAACAAUGGGGUCCUGAACGAGGCUACAGAAGAUAACCUGAUUGAUCUAGGACCAGGCUCUCCAGCAGUGGUCAGCCCCAGGAUCAGCGCUACUCCUCCAUCCAGUCUGCCUCCCUCUGUGGCUCCAAUUCGUUCUGCCUCUCCCGUCACACUAUCCUCUAGACUGGCUGGUUUGGAUGUCGGUUCAGACAGCGUGACUGGCACCUUGAGCUCACUGACCAGCUGUCAACCCCAAGAUGAUUUUGACAUGUUUGCCCAGACCAGGACUGGCACCAUUCCUGACCAGCGGAAGACUGUGCCAUUCGAGGACACAAAGGCUUUGAGUGGGACAGCCCCGACUUUGGAUGUCAGACAGCAGCACAACACUGGGACUGCUGUUGACCAGUCCUCUGUCAUGGAUGACAUUGAGGAGUGGCUCAGUACUGACGUGAAAGGAGAUGAAGGAGAGGAGGGUGUGACAAGUGAAGAGUUUGACAAAUUUUUGGAGGAGAGGGCCAAAGCGGCAGAGAUGCUCCCGACGCCCCCUAAUGACGAUCUUUCCGCUCCUGCAGGCGCUGCUGCAAGCGCAAAUAAAAAGACGGGACGGUCCGAGGACACCCUGUUUGCCUUGUAGAUAAGUGUCAGUUGUUCUGGGGUGGCCCAGCACUGCUCAUGUGUGCUUGUGAUGGGUCAGUCGCUUAGCAGAUCCAUCAGCCUCCCCUCUUUCUCUCCUGCUUACAGCAUUUCCAGCACAAUCAACACUAUCACAGUGUCCACUGAACUGUUUCACACACUACACAUUUUCAUAUUGGACAUUUUCAUACACUACAAAGUUUUCAUUCCAUUGAAAGUGCUGUAUAAGAAGCUCCCUCUUUAUCUCUCUCUAAACAUACUUUUCAGUGUGGGUUUGAGAGGUUGAUGUCUAUUUUUUUAAAUAAUAUUCGUGGUACAAAGCAAGAAAAUUCAUGUUGAAGUUGUCUGCUACUGUAGAUCUGACCAUGUUUCACUUUGUGUUCAAUGUGGUCUUGCAUGCAACAGCAAAAUAAUCCUGUUUGUGUUUUCUCAAGAAUCUUUAAAGGGAGCUGUUUUUCUUUUAAUUCCACUUUCCCAAUGAGUUUUUGAAAGAGAUGCUUAAUUUGGUGUUAUUUAUUGUGACAUUUUCCGUUAGUACCUCUGAUGUUAAUGGAGGCUGAGUUUAAACCAAUCAAUCGCACAUUCAGACUCAUUUUUACACAUUUUAAGGAACACUACACUCUCAAAAAAGUUGGUUCAACUUAAAGGAAGUUACCUGGUUGCCUUUCGAGUCAACUAAUAUUUUUAAGUUGAAUGAACUCAAAAUUACAACCAGGUAGCUUUCUUUAAGUUGAACCAACAAAUCUUUCUUUUACUGUGUAUACAUUGUCAUUUUCUCAUCCUUAUGAAUGAUGAUUUCUAAUGCUAAGCUUUGGACAGAUCAAAGAGGCGCGAUUGAAGUAUUAUAAAAGUAAUCCAAACCUCCGAGACUUUUGAAUCGAAACCGUAUCUCUUUGUGAUAAACAGUGAGAAAAUUGCUAUUCGCAGAGGUCUAGAAGGAGCUAUAAAAGUAGCAUGGGGUUUAAAAAUGGUUUGUUGCCAUUGACCCAAAACGCCAGCAAGCAAACAAUAUGAUUUUUGGGUGAACUAUUCCUUAAGGUCAUAUUACAAUAAAGAAAUUACCUCAGUUAUUAAAUGAGACAACAAGCAUAACUAUUCCAGAAAAUCAUUUUAAACAGUAAAAGGCUCAUUUAAAAAGCUAUUCACAAUGAAUUUUACUAUUUGAACAUUGUGCUGUAUAAUUGGUUUAAAUGGAAGUGUCUUGGUCUGUACUACAUCUCUGAACUACACAGUCAUACCACAGGGGGAAAUUAUAUUAUUUUCACUGGAUGCUUUUAAAUGGUAUUAUUUGUUUCAUGGCAAAAUCAUUGUCUAUUAGAUAGGAUUAAUAGGAACAAAAAAUAUGUAAGUAUUUUUUAAUUUGCACUGAAAGAUUUAUUCACCUAUCGGCUGUUAAGAGGUUUUGUUCGAAUGCAACAUUUAAGAUAUCACUUAUUUCAAUGCUGCCUAAUAUAAGACAGAAAACAAAUGAAGUUUAUAGAGAACUGAUGGUGACUGCAAGGCACUUUAAAUUGGAUUUUACCUUGCACAACUGCCGCAGAAAUGGUUUCAUAGCGUUAUUAUUGGGGAAAGAAAUGGAUCUGCCUUAAAGAACAGAAUGUAGGUAGUUUUAACAGCUAACAGUCAUUAAAUGUUCGGUACUCGUGUUUGCACAUUUAAACUUUAGUCAGUGAGUUGAAUGUGCUAAUCAAAUCUUUGUAGUUUGAGUCUCACUAUUGUGUACAUACUGCUUUGACGGACCAAACUUGAGCAAACAUUAGCAAAUAUUUUAAGCAUAAAGUCAACUAACUUAAAUACGUAUAUGGCUUUUUAGUGUCCAAAGGGGUUGUAGUUACGUUCGUAAAUGAUUUUGUUCCUAAAGGUUUACACAAAUCAAAAGGACAGUGCACUUUUUGCAUGGCUAAUAAUUUUAUAUAAUUUAUCACACUACAUGUUAUUAAAAAUGAUCCCGUUGAUUUUGAUUAAUUUUGCUUUCGUUAUUGCGGAUAUAUUACUGUGGAGGUUAAUUGAGGAUCAGAUUUUGUGAGAGUUCAUUGUGCUAUGCUUGUAAACUUUACAGUCACGUCAAACUUAGGUUGUUGAUUCGUUAAAGGGAAAUGGUAUUCAUUCAUUUAGUUUUGGGGAAAUGAUGAAUACACCAAAGCAAAUAAUUGAUAAAUCAUUUAGCAGAAUUUAUAUAGAUGUUGUUUCUUAAAAAUUCACUGGUUAUGAGGAUAAUUCAAUUAAAUUGCAUUGCUGUUAAAUACUAUGGCUGCUAUAUAUUUCUUAUGCAGAGAUUUUAGAGACAAUGCUGGUGGUCACAUUUGACUAGUAUUUCUAUAAAAAGAUGUAGAUCUCAGCAUAAAUAUUCAUUCAUAUAUACACUACUAAGUUUCCUAUGGAUGCUAACUGUCCUUUUGAAAUGCUGUUGUUUAUGACGCUAUCGCAGAAGUGGAUCAUUAAGGAAUAUGUAACUUUUUGAAAAUAGUUAUUUAUCACUUUACUACUUUCAUUGUAGGUAAAUUGUGCAAUUUCAUCUAUAAAUGCUGCAAGUUGAUUUAAUUUGAAUUGGUGUUGGCUGUAAAAUUGUCUCAGAAAUGUACAGUUUGAGAAUGUAAAACAAAUUUAUUUUGAUGAAUCAGUAUUGACUCUAUAUUAAUAUGAAGGGACUGUAAAGAUCAAAUUCAUUUGCUUUUUUCCACACUUUCCUUUUUUGACUAUGCUUUUCAACCUGGAGUGGAAAUACUUUCCCAACACAUAGUUACAGCAAUGUUUUUUGGCAGAGGAACCCUUUUUGUACCGUUGAGCGUUUCUUUAGGAAUGGCACCUUGAUAUGUAUUUGGAGUUGUGUGUCUGUGUAUGUGUUUCAACAGCUCCUGGUAUACUGAUGUCUGUUGCAGACACAAUGUUUAUUCUGUAUUUAUCAAGGAAAGAAAGGGAGAGAAUCGAGCUUUCCAACAUACAGCAGAACUGAAAUGCAGUAUGUGUGUGUGUGUGUGUUUGUGUGUGUAUGUGUUUUUGUAUGAGGGGUUAGGCAUAAGUUGUACACUUUUAACCAGCGAUCAUUGCUGUGAUUGGUCUUGGUUUUACAGAUUGUACUGGUUGUUGGUCUGUGUGCUUACCUGUUGUUAUACCUCAAGUUGCGCUCUGUACUGUUUGAUUCAUGCAUGUGUUGAACUCCAAUAAAAUAUACCAAAAUGGUGA